ACAACUCGCAGUCUCCAUAACAAAAACAAAACUUAAGGGUGCCGCUAGAAAUCUAAUAGGAAACGAAACAACGAUUUCCGAGGUGAUCUCUAGACUAAAAAAAAACGUCAAGGCCGAAACUGUCGGAGUAUUGUCAGCAAAACUGAUGAACCUACAGCAACGCAAAAAAACUGCAAACCAAUACACACAAGAGGUUGAGCAGAUGGCGAAAGCCUUAGAAGGAGCAUACAUAUCAGACGGACUAUCACUAGAAUUGGGAAGGAAUUAUUCCACUCGGCAUGCCGUCAAGGCAAUGACUAAGAACUGCACAAUUGAUAAGCGUGGUGGAACCGCGGACGUGGAAACUUCAGAGGAAACUAUAGUAGUCGUAAUAAUAAUUACAACAGCUACAGCAGUUCCAACUAUUACAGUAAUGGACGAGGCCGAUAUAGAGGAAACAAAGAGGCCGUGGCAACUCGAAUCGAGGCCAAAAUAACAAUAAUACAAACAAUUCUGUGAGAAUUGCCAGAAUAAUUCGGUAAACUCUCACCCUUCAGAUACUCAACAGUAAACCACAAUGUUCACACCAUCAAUCUUAGUCUUAAUAUAUUUGUAAUCUUUACGAAUACAGAAACAAACAGAAAACUUGUAUUCUUAAUUGACACUGGUGCAGACAUAUCAAUUUUAAAAGAAAUUUCUGAUAUCCUUCGUGAUAUUCAAAAAGACAAAAAAAUAAACAUUCAAGGCAUAGGCCAAGAGCUAAUUCAAUCAAAAGGCUUA